GCCAGUGAACAUUAAGCGGAGCAGACCAAAAUCCCAAACAAGGAAAUGGUGGGGGAAUAAAACGACCAUAUUAUUUAAUUAAUGCAUGUUAUAAUUAAUAUUUUAUUUCAUUGUAAAUUAAGAAAUAUUUAUGGGUUAAAAUGGAUUACGACUUCAAAACAAAGCUCGCAGCCGAACGAGAGAAGGUAGAAGAUCUGUUCGAAUAUGAAGGUUGCAAAGUGGGUCGAGGCACCUACGGGCACGUUUAUAAAGCUAAGCGCAAAGACGGGGAAGAUGAGAAGGAAUAUGCACUGAAACAAAUUGAAGGCACUGGAAUAUCGAUGUCUGCUUGCAGGGAAAUCGCUCUGUUACGAGAACUAAAACACCCCAACGUGAUCGCCCUGCAGAAAGUGUUCCUGUCUCACAGUGACAGAAAGGUGUGGCUCCUCUUUGACUAUGCUGAGCACGACCUCUGGCACAUCAUCAAGUUCCACCGAGCCUCCAAGGCCAAUAAGAAGCCCAUGCAGCUGCCGAGAGGCAUGGUCAAGUCUCUCCUGUAUCAGAUUCUGGACGGGAUCCAUUACCUCCAUGCCAACUGGGUGCUUCACAGGGAUCUGAAACCAGCCAACAUUCUGGUUAUGGGGGAGGGCUCAGAACGAGGGCGAGUGAAAAUCGCUGACAUGGGCUUCGCCAGACUCUUCAACUCUCCUCUCAAACCCCUGGCAGACCUUGACCCCGUCGUGGUGACAUUCUGGUACAGGGCCCCUGAGCUUCUUCUAGGGGCCAGACAUUACACCAAAGCAAUCGACAUUUGGGCGAUUGGCUGCAUCUUUGCGGAGCUGCUGACAUCGGAGCCCAUCUUCCACUGUCGCCAGGAGGACAUUAAGACCAGUAACCCCUUCCACCACGACCAGCUGGACAGGAUAUUCAGUGUCAUGGGCUUCCCAGCAGAUAAAGAUUGGGAAGACAUCAGGAAGAUGCCAGAGUACCCAACCCUUCAGAAAGACUUCAGGAGAACGACGUAUGCAAAUAGCAGUCUAAUCAAAUACAUGGAGAAGCAUAAAGUCAAACCUGACAGCAAGGUUUUCCUGUUGCUCCAGAAACUCCUUACAAUGGACCCCACUAAAAGGAUUACGUCUGAACAGGCACUACAGGACCCAUAUUUCCUGGAGGAUCCCUUACCAACCUCAGAUGUAUUUGCCGGAUGUCAGAUACCUUACCCAAAACGAGAGUUUCUAAACGAAGAUGAGCCAGAUGAGAAAACAGAGAAGAAAAUAGAGAACCCGGUCCAACAGCACCAGCAGACGACAGCCCAGGCCCAGCAGCAGAGUGGCACCCAGCAGGCUUCUAACCAGCAGAGCUCCACCCAGACCAACGGCAAUGCAGGGGGCACUGGAGCCAACGCCGGGGGAGGCCUCCAGCACGGCCAGGAUCAGGGGCCCCCCAACAAGAAAUCUCGCACCGGGCCUUCAGGAGCCUCCUCAGGCACUGGGAUCCACCAGCACUCCAGCUCCCGCCUUGGUUACCAAAGCAACGUCCAAGGUUCCACUCAGUCCCAGGGAUACUCGUCGUCAUCCCAGCAGAGCUCACAGUACUCACACCAGUCACACCGCUACUGAGGCUCUUAGAACAGGCCAGGGGCCUCUCCCAAACCAACCCUCGACCAAAAACAAACCUUAGCAUAACCUCUCACCUCCCUCUGGCCAAGGUAUUACUGACUCCUCCUCCUGAUCAGACCUCAUUAUGUGUCAGAUAAUUCCAACAACACAACAGUCACUCAUUAUCCGCCUUCAUGUCAGCCCUACUACACUGACUGACCCUGGCCUCACUUCCACCCAAUGUCCUCACACUUACCCACCCGAGGGCACUGCAAUAUGAAGGCCAACUCAACAUAGGAACCAAAAACAAACCCUGCCUCCUUGAGGGGUAGGACAAGAUUUUUGUUUUAUCAUCAAGUGACAAAAUCGAUUGAUACUAGAUUAUAAGAAGGAAACACGUCAGGUUCAACUGACUACACACGCCUACUACACAAAGACUGUGAACCAUGACACUUACAAAAAACAUGUUCUUCAAGAAGAAGAAUUGCAGCUCUGUUCAUAUAUAAAUAUAUACUAUGUAGUACAUUUUUUACAUUUGUUUAACAAGAGACUUGUUUUUGCUCGUUUGCUCUGUAGAGUUUGUUUACUUUGAUUGUGGAUGUUUUUGUAAAUAUUUAAUGUUUCAUUAUUGUCCUUUACAUGUUCAGUUUGUAUUUCCUCUUAUUCAGUCAAAGGACUGCACUGCUGAACGGAUCUGCAAAGACCUGGAACAAAUAUGCCUCUUCAACUCCACACCCCUGGAAUUAACCCAGGUAGAAAAAUGGUUUCUUAUAGUACUUAUCCUGUGAACUAGUUGACUGGAUCUGCACUGUGCGUGCGUGCGUUCGUGCGUGCGUCCGUCCGUUCGUCCGUCCCCAAACAUACAGAGACUGAAGCUGGACAUGGGAUAAGACAGCCACUUCAGCUUCUUCUGUGACUAGGGAAGGGAUGUGGAAACAUUGACAUCUUGUGGCUAUUGACAGAACGGGACCUCUUGUUCAGUGAUGGUGAACAUGUAUUGUGUUCAGUAUAUGUUACAAGGAUCAAGGCAAUCUUUAUCAAGACCGUGCAUUACGAUUCUUUAAACUGCCUUUUGUGAUGUUCAGAAACACAAGUCGUGUUCAACUGGCAUAUGUUGACGAUGAUGAUCAUCAACACUGUCUUUUUGUAGCCAAAGGAGAGAGACUCUUAUUUUGUUUUCUAUAGUAAGAAAACAUUCACAGCAACAAUACAAGGUACUAACAUGUAUUGAACAACUGAUAGACUGCUCUCUGUGAAGCUGUUUGCUUCUGACAGUGAUACUUCACAGUUCUUCAGCGUUUGAUUUGUCUGUGAUCUCUGGCUCAUUCAAACAGGUGCAUUUAGAGAGCCCCUCGUAUUGAGAGAUCUGCUGUUGAUCAUCAUCUGUCUGUCUGUCCGUCUGUCUCCUCUCUCCUCACAGACCAGAUUUCUUUCUCAGCACUCCCAGGUUACUGAAGUACAGUAUGUCUUAUGUGUGUUGAGGUGAAUGCCAAAACACUAGAUGAACAAGAGGGACUGCUCCCUCCUUGUUCAAGAUGAGUUCCUAACAGUCGCCCAGAAUGUUUUGCUUAUCGGACUGGCUCUCUAUUUGAUGCUGAUACAUUGUAACUGUAUUGGUUUGGGUUUGAGUUUCUCUUCUAUUUUCCGUAUGAUCUGGCAGGCACACAGGCCCAGUGGAUUAAUAACAGCCUUCCCAGAACAGUGGUGUUUACUCGGGAACAAAACCAGCAACUAUUGAACGUUUUUUUCUCUUUUAUUCUAUUGGCGCAUAUCUGAAGUAUAGUUGAAGAGCAUUGAGGAUACAUUAGAUACUGUUUCUCAAUUUAUCUCUACACAAGCGAGGUAUCAAAAGUAUUAUUCAUUGUGCGGCUCCAACAAGUGAUAGUGGGGCAAAUAACUGUUAAACAGUUCCUAUGCAAAAUCACAGAGAAAGGUGCAAUGCUUCAAUUUUACUAUGAGAGCAUGAGAGUUUUCUUAAGGUUUUUAAAAUGAUUGGGAUAUCCAUUUCCACAUCGUAAUUCUAAUGUUGAACAUCAUAAUUGAAGAAGGCAUUCACUUGUUUCUUACAGCAUUGUUAAUUGUACUCUAAAUGAAAUAUUGUAAAGAAAUAUAAACUAUAUGGAUGGUAUAUGGGUCGUUCCAUGAGUGCCUUUUGCGUCCCUGUGAUAUUUUAAGUAGAAAUUGUGCACCAAUUUUGAAUUUUAAAAGCCUGCUAUAUUAAAUGAAGUGCCCUUUUUAAUAUAGACCACAUGUAGAAUUCAAUCCAAUCUGAUUAUUAUAUGAAUAAAGGCUUUCUAAAGUGCGAAAAUCCUGUAUUUUGACAUGCCCCCCAGUUAACCCUGUGUCACUGAAAGGAUGAUUUCAACCCACUUAAUCCAAACAUUUCUCCAAGUUUCACCAUUAUUGUAAAGACCUAGUUAUUUUGUUGCUUUGACAAAGUCAUUUCUGGAGAUUAUUAUUUAUUUCAUGUGAUUAGUUAUUAAUUUACGUCUGUCCCUCAUUUUAAGGUCAACCCUGUUAUGUGAACUCAACUCUAUUUUUAAUAUGGUGAAACUAUUCCUUCUCAAAACAAAUAUUGAACAUCUAAUAGUCAAAUCAUAGUGUAAAAUCAGGUGAGCUGGUUCUACUCUUUUUGGCCAUUUUCUGUUGUUUUGUGGUGGAAAAAUGAGCUGUUGCGCAUAAAACGUCAACCUUGUUACCCGUAGAUAUACAGGCUAGAAAUGUUUUAGCAAUUUCUUAUUUUUUUGUGAAGCUUGCGUUUAAUUGCCACUCCACAUGCACACAACAUGAUUCCAUUCCCCCUGUCACGAUAGGAUUUAUGGGUGAUUUAAGAUUAAAUUGUCAACCAUG